AGCCAUCUGGCUCAAGAUCGUAGGGGCACGGGCUUGAUCCGAAACUAUAUUUCGCAAGGCUAUCUUGACCUCAGACGGCGAGGUGAUCAGGGAGUAUCUUUGGCGUCCGUUCAGGUUAGGGCACGUUUUUCGUACAAGGCGCGGCCAAUGAUGUUUGCCGAGCAUGCCCGUGAAGCAGGUGAGGCCAGAUCUGAGGACUUACUGGCUGAUGCGGGCCGCCGCGAGCGCGUCCAGUCUUCUCACACGCCUCGGCAGCGAAGGGUGGAACUGCGCAGCAUCCUCGGUAUAGGUUUGCCCAUGGCCUUCUCCAACAUGGCAAGGUCACUCUCCGAUUUGGGCGUCGCAGUGAUCCUCGGACGCUAUGACACGGUGUACCUUGCGGCUGUUUCUGUGAGCUCGAUUUGGACUGGACUCACAGACGUCGCAAUGUUCUCUGGCUUGGGCCAGCUGUCCGCGUUGUGCAGCCAAGCAAAGGGUGCUGGAAAUAUGCUUCUGCUGGGCACUUGGCUUCAGAUCUACAUCGUGCUCGCCCUUGUGGCCACGGUGCCCUUGGCAGCUUUGCGAUGGGCCACUACGCCUGUCUUGAAGGCGGUAGGCAUUUCAGAUGACGUGGCGCAGUUGGCGGGGGUUUAUACAAAGUGGUCACAAGCUGCAGUGUUCUUCGACUUGUGCUUCUGCGCAGUCAAGGAGUACUACGCCGCUCAGGGUAUUACGUGGCCGGAUGCAUUUAUCGAUGCUGUAUUUCUUGUCAUCAAUAUAAGCGUUGUCUACGUUCUGGUCCAUGUGUACCGAAUGGGCAUCGUUGGCGUUGCAAUUGCAGUAUCCAUCAACCGAUUUGCUCGUACGCUUGUCUACGUGCUCUUCUGCUGGCGCAUGGGCUUCCAUCGCGAUGGCUGGGGCGGCUGGUCGUGCAAGGAAAUCUUUGUCUGGACACGCUGGAAGACACUGCUGGCGUUGACGAUUCCGGCUGCCAUUGGGGGCCUCGCGGAAGAGUUGCAGUUCGAGGUGUGCGCGCUAUUAGCAGCUCGCAUGGGAGCGGUUGACACUGCCGCGUUUAAUUUGGUCUUGAAUAUAUUCUUUGUCACGUUGAUACUUGGCAUGUCGAUUGGCGAUGCUACCGGAAUCCGCAUGGCGCAUCACAUCGGGGCUGGAAACAUAGCAAGUGCGAAGAGGGCAUGUUGGCUUGGUGUACACAUUGCAUCUGGCUCGGGCCUGUUUUUUUUCUUUCUGUGCACGGUGUUAUUCGAGCCGAUGGCCCACAUGUUGUCGACGGACCCUGCUGUGCAGCAUGAGCUGAAGAGGCAGAAGUGGGCAGCGGGGCCAGCGAUCUGGCUAAUGAGCGUAUUCUUUCACGGUGGCGGAUCAUUUCGGUGCUCACGAAGCAGGGCCGAUCAGCUCUGAUUGGCGUUGUGAUCCCUCUACUCUGUUGGGGUGCUGGCUUGCCUUCCAGCUACUUCCUGAGCCGAACAGAUGGCGUGCUCGGUAUCAUGAUAGGCCUGAUCGUCGGGUAUUCCCUCGCUCUCAUUGUUCUCUUCGUGGCUUUCUUGCGAUCGGAUUGGCCAGCGUUGGUUGCAAAGGCCCUCGAGAGCGCCGAAAGUGGUCCAGCGCAGCGGCCUUCCCAGCCGGCACACGGUGCCAGCGCAAGCGGCAGCGGUGGCAUUCGCGAGAAGGAGACGACGUCGGCAAGAGGCAUUACGAGCACGAGACAAGCGAGAAUUAGCAUGGCGCCUGCCACUUCUUCCCUUCUCCCGGAGCCUGACUGAAGAGACGUGAGUUCGUCGAGUCAUAUAUGUGUUGGAAGUCCAGCCUGGUCGCCAGAGGGUCCGUAUACCCUUGCAUCGCUGGGAUGCUGAUCUAGUUGUUACACCCCAGCGCCGUACUCGCACCGUUUUCGAAUCACCACAGCAGUAAAACAGACAUGUAAAAGCAGAGGGCUCGUCUGUGCAACGUGCUAAAGCAGCACGUAGAAACAACGUCAGGCUCGGCAGGUCCGAAGCAGCCACCAGCAUCUCUCUCGCCUCCAGCGAGUCGCCGACCCCCCCUCACUUUACGGAAAAACGCAGAUGUCGCACGACGUGGUGCCAAAGCCUGGGCAGUAGGCCAUUGUGCUCCCCCAAUCGUUGCUUCAACCCUUCGGGAAGCAUGCGGGAGAGGAAGG